AUGACACAACCAAUCAUUGAAGAUGUAACAAAUGAAGAAGAGGACAUAGCUGUCGAUUCAAAAGCAGACAAGUACGAAAAAUGUGAUGUUCCAGUGAGAGGCACAGAAACAUCAACAAUUAAGCUCUCAUUCACUCCAAGGGCACUACGAACUCCAGCACGAGAAGACAAGGAUAGUGAAACUUUAAAGAAAUUCGAAAUUUGGAAGAGAAAGAAUAAGAGGGCUGAAUUUGAAGAUAGUGUGGUAUGGGUUAUUGAGAGAGGUGACAAGUUUAUGAAAAAGCAAAACUUCUCGUCAGCUAUUAGCGCUUAUACAGAAGCCUUGACCAUGGAUUCGAAUGCCAUUUCUUGCUUGUCAAAGAGAGCUGCAUGUCACUUUGAGCGCCAAGAAUAUCUCAAAGCUAUUGAAGAUUGCACACAAUUUUUACAGACAGAGGCAAAGACUGAGACAAACGUGGAGGAUAAAUAUGUAGCCCUCGCAUUAAUCACUCGAGCAAAGAGUUAUCAAGAAAUUGGCGAUUUCAAAAAAGCAUUAGAAGAUGCUAACCUAGCUUACAAAGUAGAGUCAAAUUUGGAGUAUCAAAAAUUAUUAAGAAUCUUGAGAAAUUUUAUUUGA